AUGGAUGAUGACGGUUCUGGAACGAUAACUGCUGGAGAGGUAGCUGAAAUGUUAAGCGGAUUCGGAUGCGACGUAUCGCCGAAAGUUGUACAAGCUGUCAUGCGAUCAUCGGACAAAAGCGGAGACGGAGAAAUCGACUUCGAAGAGUUCCUCGCAGUUGUCACUUCCAAAAUCAAGGUACGAAAAAGAAAACUAUCCGACAUCCACGCAAUGUUUGAAAAAUUCGACAAAAAUAAGGAUGGAUUGCUUUCUGCCGAGGAGUUGGUGGUAGCAUGGAGCGAAACACUGAAAACGAAAAUAACAGUGAAAGAAGCUACGGCAUUGAUACAGCAGGCGGAUUCCGAAGGAAAAGGAGCGGUUACCAUCAACGAGUUCAUCACCAUGUGUCAGACAGUUUGA